CGAGCGACGCGCCCGGUUCACGGUGACUGACGGGUCCGCCGUUUUCCAGACGUUAGUGUCCUAAGCAUAUCAGAUAAAUCCGAGCACACUACAAAGAAAUCCGUCUGUCUCACAACUCCGUGGUAUACAGUACCGUGUCCCUUUAAAAUCCUCUGACUAAAAACCCAUAUGAUCCCAGAGCUCCAAUCACCAAUUCCUUCUGCAAAAGCAGCCUCUGCAUUCUGCUCCGUGUGAAUGCUACUGGGGGGCAAGGACCGGGGAAGAGGGGAGAGCUGAAGAAAUGUGAAAUUCAACGAUCCUUUUCAUGGCGAACGGAAAGCAGAUGCAAAGGGAGUUAUACUGGGACUCCUGUGAGCCUCGACCCACCGGAUCAAAAUGCUCCUAGUGGAGAAGACCUCCGACUUCCCCACGGCCGAGUUCUCUCUGGUGGAGGAUGUGGCGCUGCACUUCACUUGCCUGAUGGAGCAGCUCAAUCAGCAGCGCCUCUUCCAACCCGCCCUGUGUGACGUGGACAUUGUCCUGGUGCGCCAGCGCAGCACCUUCCCCGCCCACAAGGGGGUGCUGGCGGCCUACAGCCCCUUCUUCCACUCCCUGUUCGCCCAGAGCAAGCAGCUGCGGCGCGUGGACCUGUCACUGGACGCCCUGACCUCGCAGGGCCUGCAGCAGAUCCUCAACUUCAUCUACACCUCCCGCCUGCUGGUGAGCAGCCGCUCCGUCAGGGACGUGCUCAACGCCGCCACCCUGCUGCGCAUGAGCGACAUCGCCGCCUCCUGCCGCGACCUCAUCUGCAGCCAAUCGCUGAGGACCGUCGCCGGGGCCGACAUGACCAAGCAGGGGGGCCUCGGAGACGCGGCCCCGGGGACGAGGCCCGAGGCCGGGGGGCCCGCGCCCGGCCAGCUGUACCGGGAGAUCAAGCAAGAGUCGGAGGGGCUGGGGAGGGUGUACACCACCAGGGAGGGCAGCAGCCCCUUCUCCGUCAGGGUGGAGGAGACCCCCCUAGGGAAGAGCCAGCAAUACUACCCGGGGGAGGGGGGUCCGGGAGACGGUGUCCUGGGGGCCCUCUGUAAGCUGGAGGUCAAGGGGCCGCAGGAGUCAGGGGUCCCUGAGGGCCACGCCUCCUUCAACCGCGACCAGAUCAUCGUUGAGGUUAACCUCAACAACCAGACCCUUAACGUGUCCAAGGGGCCGGAGGGGGUGCAGGGCCCCGGGCCCCCCGAGACCCCCGGCCGCUCCACUCAUCGCUGCGGCAAUGGGGGGGCUUCUGAGGAGGAGCAGGAGGAGGAGAAUGAAGAGGAGGACGGAGAAGAUGAAGACGGGGCGGCCUUUGAAGAGGGAGAUGGAGGGCCCGACGCUCUGGGGCCAAGCAGCGAGGAGGAGGAAGAGGAGGAGGAAGAGGAGCAGGAGGAGGAGGAGGAGGAGAACAGCCUGGACAUCCCAGGCCUGGAGCUGCCGGGCCAGCUGAUUGAGAGGCCCCAGCGGGGGUCCCGGAGGCUGGCCAUAGGGCAAACGUUGGCCCACGCCUCACUGGCCAAUGUGCGGCAAGGGGGGCGCAAGAGGAGCCUGGACCCCGAGGGCCCGGUCCAAAAGGUGCGGCUGGAGGAGAAGCAGCACUUCCCCUGUAAGAAGUGCCCCCGCAUCUUCAACAACCGCUGGUACCUGGAGAAGCACAUGAAUGUCACGCACAACCGCAUGCAGGUCUGCUCCCACUGCGGCAAGCGCUUCCUGCUGGAGAGCGAGCUGCUGCUGCACCACCAGACGGACUGUGAGAAGAGCAUCCAGUGUGUGACGUGCGGCAAGGCCUUCAAGAAGCUGUGGUCCCUGCAUGAACACAACAAGAUCGUCCAUGGCUACGCAGAGAAGAAGUUCUCCUGUGAGAUCUGUGAGAAGAAGUUCUACACCAUGGCUCACGUGAGGAAGCACAUGGUCGCUCAUACUAAGGACAUGCCUUUCACCUGUGAGACGUGUGGGAAGUCGUUCAAGCGCAGCAUGUCUCUGAAGGUCCACUCGCUGCAGCACUCUGGGGAGAAGCCCUUCAAGUGUGAGAACUGCAGUGAGCGGUUCCAGUACAAGUACCAGCUGCGCUCCCAUAUGAGCAUUCACAUCGGACACAAGCAGUUCAUGUGCCAGUGGUGCGGCAAGGACUUCAACAUGAAGCAGUACUUCGACGAGCACAUGAAGACCCACACAGGAGAGAAGCCGUACAUCUGUGAGAUCUGUGGUAAGAGCUUCACCAGCCGGCCAAACAUGAAGCGCCACCGCCGCACGCACACCGGCGAAAAGCCCUAUCCCUGCGAGGUAUGCGGCCAGCGCUUCCGCUUCUCCAACAUGCUCAAGGCCCACCGCGAGAAGUGCUUCCGGGUCAGCAACCUGUCACUGGUCGCCGACGGCAACGACCCCUCCCUGGAACUCCCCCACGGCCCUUCCAACGCCGUCGUUUCAGUGACCACGCCCCCCGCCGAUGCUGUCUCGGGGGCCCGCCCCCUCCAGCCGCCCCCGGCCGGGCCCCACCUCCCCCCCCCGCCCCCACUGUUCUCCGCCGGCAGGAUGAACUCCGGCCGCUGACCCCCCCCGCCCCUUCUCACUCAGACUCUGAGGGGGGACUCCUGAGGGUAAGGGUAAGAGCGAUGGACCUCAGUGACGUUUGCACAGAGGGGACAGCCGCCAUGUUGGAAAACAAAAUGGCUACCACAGUAUGCAUACAGUGUACGUAUAUACAUCUAUAAAUACAUAUAUAUCUACAGAUAUAGUCACGCCAUGGCUUCCACUGUUUAGUUUUGCAGUAAGUGGAAGCUCCUGGUGACAUGUGACAACACUCAACUACUACACAGAGAAAUAGUUACUUUUUUUACUCGGUGAAUACAAUAGAUAACCUCACAGUCUGAUGACCUCACAGUCUGAUGACCUCACAGUCCGAUGACCUCACAGUCUGAUGACCUCACUUUUGGACUCCUCAACUAGUUUCACACACACUCUCAUCACCCUGUGUAUUACACUUCAUGUAGGGAUGUUCACAGACUCACACACACACACACACACACACACACACACACACACACACACACACACACACACACACACACACACACACACACACACACACACACACGUACAAACACAUGUACCCACACACACACACACACACACACACAUACAUACAUACAUACAUACAUACAUACAUACAUACAUGCAUACAUACAUACAUGCAUGCGUACGUACGUAUGUACAUACAUACAUACAUACAUACAUGCAUGCAUACAUACAUACAAACAUACAUACAUACAUACAUACAUACAUGCAUGCAUACAUACAUACAAACAUACAUACAUACAUACAUACAUACAUACAUACAUACAUACAUACAUACAUACAUACAUACAUACAUACAUACAUACAUACAUACAUACAUACAUACAUACAUACAUACAUACAUACAUACAUACAUGUACACAAACACGUACAGGUACACACACAAACCUACAGGCCAAUUACACACGUCCACACACAAACACCCAAGUACAGGCAUACACACACCGCACACACCCAUACAUACGCACACAAACAUACACACACACACAUACACAUACAUACACAAAUCAUCAGUCAACUAAGCGCUGCUUUUGUUUUCUUGUCUCACACUCUGAAGAGAACCCUGGAUUUUAUAUUGGACCAUUGUCUGCCAAGAUGUAGCGAGAGGUCAGGAUCAAACCCAGCAAUAACCAAACGUGGAUUUUUUUCUUUGAGAAAUAUACAUGGAUGUACGGCAUUGCAAAUAACCAAAUCCUGUACACUCACCUGCUAUAGAUAGGAAAUGUUAUACAGCAUUUAUAAUCAAUCAUGCACCUUAUCUUUAACCCUAGUGAUAUUUAAGAUGUACGUAAACUGUCUUUAUUUUAUUUUUUAUUGUGAUACUUACUGUCUUUUUUUUUGUUUUGUGAUUCUAAUAGUGUGUUUGUGUUGAGGCCGUCUGCGACGGUCACCAGGACUCAAGAGUGGCUGUUACCAUGGAUUCGGUUGUGUGUGUGCUUGUGUGCAUGUUUGCAUAUGUGUGUGUGUGUGUGUGUGUGUGUGUGUGUGUGUGUGUGUGUGUGUGUGUGUGUGUGUGUGUGUGUGUGUGUGUGUGUGUGUGUGUGUGUGUGUGUGUGUGUGCGUGUGUGCGUGUGUGUGUGUGUGCGUAUGCUUGUCCAUGCCUGGGUUUGCAUGCCAAGAGACCAAGAGAGGGAGAUAGAGAGGUAGAGAGGACUGUGUAAAGAUAAAGAGAGCUGACCACUUGAGAUUCCCCCAAAGGUGUGGCCACCACGUCCUGCUUAUAUUGAGCAUCUCCCCUCCAGAACAUCUGCAUUUGACAUAAUAUGGCACUUAUCUUAUACCAUAUCCUGGUACGAAAAAGGAUCUACCAAAUCCUACAUUUGGUUUGAAAUCAUCUUUCAAAGCAGAAGUCUUCAUCUUCUUCUAUAGUGUUGAUAAGAUGCAGCUGGUAUUUUAAUUUUCAAUUGGACAUUUUGUAUUGAUCUGUGAUAUUGAUGAGAGUAUAGGCAGUGUUCACGUCAGCGGCCCGAGUUUAUUCACCAUGAGAGGCAUCUCCUACAAUGCUGAGCAGUGACUUCCUAAUGCUAAUCAGCAUUAGCAUUUUGCCUUACAUCGAAUGCUUUCGGAAGGUUCUUGAAAAAAGUGAAUAGAGCAAGUUAUUGUUAGUGCAAACUAGAGCCUGGAAGGAUCUCCACAGUGAUUAUUUUUGAUUGUCAUUGACAAAAAUACAUGCAUUCAUGUAUUUUCUGAGGAUCUUCCCUAUUGUCCUUAACCUCUGACCUUUGUAUCCGCGCUGAGACACUUUGGACUGAUGUUUUCUAACAGACAGAAGGGGAGCUUUUAGAAAGUGAAUAGGAACUUUAUGACUACUAAUGGUUUGAGUCUUCUCCUUGGUGGAUACACAGGCCCUCUCGAGGUCUCGGAGAUCCUGCAGUGGACAGAGAGCAGCUCCGCUGUGGUGUCGAUGGCGUGAGUGUUGUGUGAUGGGUGGAAGGCCUUGUUCUCUGGAUGUGGUCGGACGUUGUGGGUGAGCUUUUGUAAGUUUAUAAGCUGUCUAUAUUAUUUUUGUCUUGUUUCUUUUAAAAGAAAGAUGUAAAAAGAAUUGCGUCAGCACCUUAGCCUAGCUUCUAAGUCUUAUCCCAACCUAGUUGUUCAUAACAGUUGCCAUGAUGAAACAACGAGGGCCCUCCAACAUGUAUCUGAAGCUCCACCCUCUCUUCCACAUGGGUCGUGUGUUCCUGUUUCAUUUGUUGCUCGUCAACAGGGUUAGGUUAAAAUCCCUUAUUUAGAACAUUUUUAAAGCUGUUUGUGUGCAUUAGUCUGAAUAUCCAAGCUGUGCUUAAACUCUCGCUGUAGAACGAUGAGCUCCAGAGUCCCAGUUGCUACUGCCUGACGCCAGGAACCCAGAGGACAAGACGCUGUGGGGUUAGACCUGGUAGAGGACAUGUUGUUAGGCCCGUCUAACUAGAGGACUGACAUGUUGUUAGGCCUGUCUAACUGGAGGACUCUAGUUUAAGACUGGAGACACUAACAUGUUGUUAGCCCUGUCUUGUAGAGGACUCUAGUUAAAGACUGGAGACACUAACCUGUUGUUAGAUCUGUUGAACUAGAGGACUCUAGUUUAAAGUGAGACUGUUAUGCCUCUGUGGCUCUUAGACAAAUUGCACUUUGAAACCCAUGUGGGUCUUCCCGUGAAAAUAGGCACCAAUGUUGUUCACAACAAAGCAUGUUAUCGGUGAUGUGUGGUAACCAACUCAACACAGCAGGCCUACCUGGGGAAAGACAGGAAACCACAUUGCAUUGUAUGAGAAUAUGACAAAUUGAUUCAGAUUGAAAGCACUUAAAAAGGGUAAGAAUUCCUAAACUGGCAGUUUAUAUAUAUAUAGAGAUAUGUAUCUCUCUCUCUCUCUCUCUCUCUCUCUCUCUCUCUCUCUCUCUCUCUCUCUCUCUCUCUCUCUAGAGAGAGAGAGAGAGUUGAGUAUUGAGUAUAGAGAGAGAGAGUUGAGUAUAGCCUUAGGUAUUGGGCAGGAGAGAGGCUGGUGGUAGUCAUGACUACUGAUUUAUGCACUUUGACCUCAUUUUCACGCCAGGCUGUCACAGAAUCACUGAAAGCUAGCCUUGAUUGGCAUCGCUGAUUGGGCCGAUAGAGUCUGGAGGUUAGAGAGACAUUUGGAAGAUUCCAACUUGCUGCAGGUAAAGACACCAAGUCGAAGAAAUGUCCCCCUCAGCUAGGGCGAUGUGACGAUGUGAGCUCAUUUAUAGGGAUUCGGCCACUAUCUGAUAAGGCUUUGAUUGGAGGAGAUGAUUUCAAGCUUGCUUCCAUCCAGGACAAAUGUCAUAGGUGAGUUUGAGCUGCACCAGUAUAUAAAUGCUGGACCAUGGCUGUUUGUAUUUCCCUUCUUCUUCCUGGGAGCUUGCCCCUCCCUCAACUUCCAUGACCCCUAUUGAGGAGUUGGGACCCCCUGUUGUGCCUCUGUUCUCUCUUAAACUCACUGCUACAUCAGCAUCUCAAGGGGUGGUUGGUUGUUGAGGAGGUCAACAACCAACCACCACUUGGUUGAUCAUCCCUUUUCUUACCAGAAAACUCAUGCAACAGAGCGUCAGUUUGUUGCCCAAAAAAGGAAUACCAUUCAGAAUCUGUCCCUUAUUGUUUUUAUUGCACUUUACCCAAUUGUAGCGCCUCCAUGUGGCAGCCUCUGCGAACCUGCAUUCAGACUGCCCACACUGAGAGGAGUGGCCGUCUUAGAUGACCUCCAGAGCAGUAAUAAUAGUAGUAAUUUAAUAAUAAUGUAAUUGCUAUUUUUGUGUGUGGCUCUUUUUUUUGUAGCCACAGUGUUCAUUAGCAUUUAGGAAGAGGGGGCAGUAAUGUUGAAGACAUUGUUGUCACAAUGAGUCUUCAUAAAGUCCAUCCCAGGCUGGUGUUGGGAGGCUGUCGGACCCCUGGUCCACACAGAGGGGUCUGGGAUUGGGGUGUUCUACGCUGUGGGUCACCUCUCCGUCAUGCAGGGGGGCAGAUUGAGUCUCAAGGCCCCAUCAGGCCCUCCUCACCUGGACACCACGCCCGUGUCAGGGUCGAGCUAGGGAGUCCGAUGGGCUUGGCGUAGCUCCAGGAAACAUUUGGACGGAGGAGAUUCAAACCAAAUCCAAGGGUGUUUUUUACUAUCGUUCUUAUAUUGAUCUUCCAAGAAGAUUGUGUGGAGACAGAAUGUACAUAAGGGUUAUGAAAAAAAACAACAAGAUGCUUUUAGGAGGGAAGAGACUAAAAGAUGAGUGGACUCAGAACUAGUUCUGUUAUCUUGACCUUAUUCUGAGUGGAUGGCAGAAUAGGUUUGUUUGGCACGAUGAAGAUGGUAAUUCUCCUGAACAUCAUGUAGUAACUUUCCUCUGUUGAACAGAAAUAUGUAUGUUAGCUAUAGAUGCAAAUGCUGAAAUAAAUAGGAAAUAAAUAGUGAAUUCAAAGACCUAUUUGAAUUUUACAUAUACCCUCUCCAUUUUCCAUACUAACUCACACUGCAGCUGUAUUUUAAAAUGAAUCAUAACAGCUACUGUCAUUUAACAAUUCUCCACAUUAUAAUGUAAACAAUGUCUUAUACAAAGGCCAUGUGUAGGUAGUAGUUGUUGACUAUAUUAACACAUACUAAAACGCAGACUUUAGUGUCUAGGGGUGCUAUUAACAUUAGACUGUGUUUUGUGUCUUUAAUUGUAUUAUUGACUAGUGUUCACCAUCUGUAACACAGGAGAGCAACAUUUCAAUAUUAAACAGUAAAGAUAUAUUAUUGCAAAA